AUGUACUCUGUCGCAUGCUCUAUUUCUUCUGAAUUAUUCAUGAUAUUUGGAUACAUUAACAAUGCUUGGCUUAUUGUAUACAGACCCGAUUCAAGCGAACAAUUUUCGUCUCUUGUAAGGCGAUCGCCUCAAGAAAGGCGUAGUGGUUGGCGCCUAAAGAGACUGUUCUGGCGUAAUGGAUACACAACAAGAAACAAUCUCCACGGCGUGUGGCUGGUGUGCUCGUUCUAUUUGUUUCCAGUAACGUUCUGUGCAACCCGAGAUUUGAUUAAGUGUCACCGGUUAACUCACCGCUCGACGUCGUGGACGGGAGCGCGCAGUGUAGCAGGUAUUGAGGUCGGAAUUUUGCUACUUUAUUCAUCAUGGUUUUUUGGAGUCCCGAGGUAA